AUGAGCAGCAAUAGCAACAUCAGCAGCAGCAGCACGCCGUACGUCCCCCUGGUCGGCGGGAGCAUCUACGUGCCCACCAUCGACGUCAAGAUCACCGGCUCGAGCAGCUGCUUCGACGCCGUGUGCGGCAAGUACGUCGUCGGGCGGAACAGCAACAGCUCGAGCUGCUUCGGCAUGCCCGUGUACUUCAACCACACGAUCCCCGCUGCGCUAGCAAGCAAGAAAUGCGCGAGCGAGGCCGACAUCCACGUGUCGUGGGCGACCAACAACAAGACGGGCGCGCUGAUUCCGUACAUCACGAGCACGGACACGCACUAUCCCUACAAGUGUAUCUUCUCCAACGGCGCGUGUGCCGGCGAGAUCUGCAACCUCCAGCGCCAACCCGCCAACGCCACAAGCGACGGCAGGACAGAGUGCUACAGCGAUCCGCUCGUCGCGAUGCCUGCCCCGUGGCUGCCGAAACUCGCCAACGUGUCCGACCAGUGUGCGGGCCAGCCGGUGACCUGUGUCGUCGUCGAUGGGCGCAGCACGCAGGAGUACUCGGGUGCGCUGGCGACGGCCGCGCCAAAGUCGCUGGUGCUGCUUGGCGCCGCGUCGGCAGCGCUGGGGCUCUUGGGCGUCGUUGGGCUGUAG